AUGAAAUUAUUAGUUCAUCAUCUUCAUCUUCAUCACAAUGAUCUAAUAAUACUUCUAUCAAUUCUUCUUCAUCUUUCUUCAUCUUCAUUAGCUCAUUUAUCGGUGACUAUAAAUGAUUAUUAUCCAGAAGAAAGAGAUGCUUUGAUCGAGCUAAGAGAUUCUCUAAUCUCAAAUGAGGAUCUACACACAAAAUGGACAGGUCCGCCUUGUAUUCAAAACGACACCAAAUGGGUAGGCAUUUCGUGUUCAAAUGGUCAUGUUGUUCACCUUUCUCUACAAGGAAUUCACCUCAAAGGAACUCUUCCUCCAACAUUUCUACAAAACCUAACUCUCUUAACAAAUCUAAAUUUUCACAACAACUCAAUCAAAGGUCCACUUCCCAUACUCACAAACCUAAUUCACUUAGAAAUCGUGGUUUUAUCGCACAACAAGUUUUCUGGUACAAUCCCUUGCGAGUUCACUGAAUUGCCGAAUCUCAAAACUCUUGAACUCCAACACAAUUUGUUGGAAGGAGGAAUUCCGCCUUUUGAUCAGUCAACCCUAACAGUUUUCAACAUUUCACAUAAUCAACUUUCUGGUCUGAUUCCAAACACGAGUGUUCUUAGAAGAUUUCCAAAAAGUUGUUUUGACCAUAAUUCAGGUUUAUGUGGGAAGCCUUUAAAAGUUCCUUGUCCUUUUUUGCCUCCCCCGCCCAGGCACCGGGCCCCGCCACCACCUCACCAUUCGCCUCCAACACAAAAUAAUGAUGAGAAGAAGAAUAUUUUAAAGAAAUGGAGUGUGCCUAUGAUUGCAGCUUUGGUUCCUUUUCUUGUUAUUGUUGGUUUGUUAUUUUGUUAUUACAAAAUUGUUCACAAAAGAGAUAGAGAAAAGAAGAUCAAUAAUGCAGUAUCAAGAAGGGCUUUUUCAUCGGAAAGUAAUAGUAAGAAUAAGGACCCAGAAAAAGGUGUGGAUUUAGAAUUCUUCGAUAAAGAAAUGCCAGUUUUUGACUUGGAUGAUUUGCUUAGAUCUUCGGCACAAGUAUUAGGUAAGGGUACUCUGGGAACAACCUAUCAAACAACACUAGAAACAGGUCAAAGACUUGCCGUGAAGAGACUAAACGACGCCAAUAACGAAUUGGGCAAGAAAGAAUUUGUUCAACAAAUGCAAUUUUUGGGAAAGACAAGGCAUUUAAACCUUGUGCAAAUUGUGUCUUUCUAUUACUCCAAAGAUGAGAAGCUUGUUAUCUAUGAGUUUGUUCCUCAUGGCACUUUGUUUGAACUUUUACAUGAAAAUAGAGGAAUUGGAAGAGUACCACUAAAUUGGACAACAAGGCUUUCCAUAAUAAAGGACAUAGCUAAAGGCCUCACAUUCCUUCACCAAUUUCUACUCCAUUACAAACUCCCUCAUGGAAAUCUCAAGUCCACAAAUGUUCUCAUACAACAUGAUCCUCAAAACAACUUAUUCCAUUCAAAGCUCACGGAUUUCGGAUACUUCUCUUUGUUUGGCUCCCGAAAGCCCUCUUCUGAUCAUCAAAACCUAGCAGCCUCAAGGGCACCAGAGUAUGCUCAAGGAAAGAAGCUCUCACGGAAAGCUGAUGUAUAUUGUUUCGGUGUGAUCAUUUUAGAGAUCAUAACAGGAAAAAUUCCAGGAGAGAUAUCACCAUUUAGUGACGAUGAAACAACAACGGAGGAUCUCUCUGAUUGGGUACGAGCAGUGGUGAAUAAGGAUUGGUCGACAGACAUUUUGGAUGUCGAAAUAAUUUCGGCUAGAGAAGGCCAUGAUGAGAUGUUGAAAUUGACUGAAGUUGCACUUGAGUGUACGAAUGAGGUGCCUGAAAACAGACCUACGAUGAGUGAAGUCUUACUAAAAAUUGAGGAAAUUGAACAUAGAGAAUAACUAAAGCUACUCUUUUCUUUAAUUUUUAAUUUUUUUUCUUUAUUUUUAUUAAAAUAUUAAAAUGAGAAAGAGUUAUAUAUAUAUAUAUAAAUUCUUUUAGAGUAAUAGUUAGACAACUUAGUUGGUAUUAGGUAGUAAUUAAGCAAUCGGCUUCAACAAUAUUUUCUAAAGAGGAAAAUAAAUUUGUUCAUAAUUAUUAAUUUCUUUGAUCAAUCUUUAAUUAUGUAUUAGUCAUUGUAAUCAAAUUUAAUGAUUGUAAAUUAAUAUUAAAUAUCAUAUAUUUAGA